CACCUAGGAAUGCAGACCGCUUCUACAAACAUUUGUGGGUCACUCUCAGGAGCUCAGUGACUCCAAGCGUGGUCCCGUGAUAGGUUGUCACCUGUGCAAUAAGUCCAUCCGUGACAUUUCCUGGCUACUAAAUAUUCCACGCUCAACUGUUAGUGGGAUUAUAACAAAGUGGAAGCAACUGGGAACACCAGCAACUCAGCCACCAAGUGGUAGGCCAUGUCACAUGACAGAGCGGAGUCAGCACAUGCUGAAGCGCACAGUGCACAGAAGUCACCAAAUGUCUGCAGAGUCAAUAGCUAAAGACCUCCAAACUUCGUGUGGCCUUCACAUUAGCACAACACUGUAUGGAGAGCUUCAUGGAAUGGGUUUCCAUAGAGCAGCUGCAUCUAAACCUUACAUCACCAAGUGCAAUACAAAGCAUCGGAUGUCGUGGUGUAAGAAAGCACGCCACCACUGGAGCAACUCCAGACUAACUAUGUAACUGGACUCUAGACCAGUGGUGACAAAUCACGCUUCUCUGUCUGACAAUCCUAUGGAUGUGUCUGUGGGAACAGUUUGGGGAUGGCCCCUUCCUGUUCCAACAUGACUGCACACCAGUGCACAAAGCAAGGUCCAUAAAGACAUGGAUGA